AUGUUGUGCUCAAUAUCUGGAGAAGCCCCACAGCAUCCAGUUGCUUCAUCGAAAUCAGGCAACGUUUUCGAAAAACGACUUAUCGAAUCAUACAUUUCAGAAAAUCAUAAGGAUCCAGUUACGGGAGAAGACCUCGAAAUCGCAGAUCUCAUCGACCUCAAAUCCGCCAAAAUUGUUACUCCCAGACCUCCAACUCUCACAUCGAUUCCUUCUCUCCUUUCCACUUUCCAAAAUGAAUGGGAUGCAUUGGCAUUGGAAAGUUUCACAAUAAGACAACAAUUACAUCAGACGCGACAAGAGCUGUCGACAGCAUUGUAUCAACACGAUGCAGCUGUAAGAGUUAUUGCGCGGUUGACAAAGGAGAGAGACGAGGCUAGAGAUGCGUUGAGCAAGGUUUCAAUUGGUGCAGGAAGUGCAGGAAAUGGCGACGCUAUGCAGGUUGAUACUCAAGGUCUUCCAGAAAAUUUGGCGACUCUGGUUGAUACUACACAAGCCGAACUUUCCAAAAGCCGCCGAAAGCGACCCGUUCCAAAAGGAUGGGCUACCACUGAAGAUAUUGGCCAAUUUACGAUCAAUUCUACUUCAGAACCUUUAUACCCUGGGUGUGUUUCACUCGCCCAGAGCGAAGAUCAGUUAAUUGUCGGUGGAUCGAAAGGAGAGACAGGUAUCUAUUCUUUAGCUGAACAAAAGAUCAUAAAGUCAUUUGAAGCCGGAGGACCAGUCACGGGAGCUGCUUUCUAUAAAAGUACACCUAUUGUGUCUACUGCGAAGGGAGAGGUGAAGGUGUUUGGAGAUGAAGAGCAUACAUUUACAUCGCAUGCUGGAGCGGUGAAUGCUCUUGCAUUACAUCCAAGUGGUGAAAUUUUAGCCUCUGUUGGUAUCGACAAGAGCUUUCAGCAAUCACACAGAUUUUUUGCAGAUUCAGAACUUAAAACGGCAGCUUUCCAUCCAGAUGGUCAUCUCUUUGCAGCUGGCGGCGCUGAUGGACAGAUUAAGUUAUUCCAUGUCAAGACAGGAGAAAGCGCUGGUGUAAAUUUCGAGAUUGAUGGACCAGUCCAGGACGUUGCCUUUUCUGAGAACGGUAUAUGGUUUGCGGCAGUUGCCAAAGGAUCUACCAGUGUUGUAAUUUUCGAUAUCCGAAAAGAAGGAAAGGCCGCAGAGGCGAAGAUUUUAGAAAUCGGCGGACCAGUUGAUGCUAUCCAAUGGGAUUACACUGGUCAAUUUUUGGCAGCUUCUGGACCAAGAGGGCUUACUAUUUCCCAAUACACCAAAGCUACGAAAUCCUGGUCGGAUGCUUUGAGCGUAGCUGUUCCAGCAACUGCAGUACAAUGGGGUGAGGAAGCAAAGAGUUUGAUCACUGUUGAUAGUGAAGGGGUUGUGAAUGUCCUUGGUGUAGCACCUGCAUAAUGGAAUAUGCAUGAUAGGGGGUCAAAGGAAACCGAGAUGGGACGUGAAUAUCAUGGAGUUUGGUGAUUCGAAGAUGUGAAAUGGAAUAAAAAUUAGGGAUAGGGCCCCUUUUCACAUGUUACUAUAAUGUUAGGGGAGCAGCAUCUUUGGGAUGCCCAAAAUGAACAAUAGUGGCGGCACAGACCAGCCAGCACUGAAACAAGAACACAAGAGUCUGAGGUUGAUAAAGUGGUGAAAUAGAGAAAUGAUGGUAAUGCGUCGUCAAAGUAGGCAUCUUCAAAUAUUAUGGGAAUAGAGAUUGAAUAGUGAAUACAAUUCGAAUUUGUAUUUAUUGUUGUAUUGUAUUGCACUGAAUGCUUACAAUAGCCGCACAUUGCUGAAGGGUCUUCCGAGGUUGGACAUUGUAAAUA